GAGAAGAUGCACCAACUAACGAAUUCAGCUGAAUACAGGUUAAGGUUUGAAGUGCUCAUCAGAGGUGUUUGGUACUCCGAUGAAUAUGUACAUUUCAAGAUCAAUUCAGAGUUUGAAAAAUAUUCCAUCAACGUAUCUGGAUACAGUGGAGAUAAGGCUAAUGUUCUGAACUCUCCUUAUUCCAAUGUCGUCCACAAUGGAAUGAAGUUUACAACUUAUGAUCAAGACAACGAUCUUGCACCAUUCAAUUGUGGUCUGCAGUAUGCCUCAGGGAAUUGGUUCAAUUGGUGUGGUUUUCAAAAAAUAAAUCAAGAGUAUGGUUCAUAUUAUUUUUAUUACGUACAUUCUCCUACCAUCACUUACUGCCGGAUGAUGAUGAAGCGUAACGCUUAA